AAAGCAGUUGUAAGACAGGUGCCCUCGGUUCAUUGUCAGUGAGGGGCGCGAGGGAACGAGUGGAUUUUCUCUUUUGCCCGUGAUUUCUUUUUUAUUUUUCCGUGCCGUCAUUCAGGGGCUGGAUGGCGUGGGACAGGUGUAAUCAGGAUUCGGUGUGGAGAGAACUAGAGUGCGCUGCCUUGGUUGGUGAAGACCAGCCCCUUUGCCCUGACCUGCCUGAGCUUGACCUUUCUGAGCUGGAUGUCAGCGACCUCGACGCAGAUAGCUUUCUGGGAGGACUCAAGUGGUACAGCGACCAAUCAGAAAUCAUUUCCAGUCAGUAUGGCAAUGAAGCAUCCAACCUGUUUGAGAAGAUAGAUGAGGAAAAUGAGGCCAACUUGCUGGCAGUGCUCACAGAAACCCUGGACAGUAUCCCAGUGGAUGAAGACGGGUUGCCUUCGUUCGAAGCCCUGGCAGAUGGGGACGUGACCAAUGCCAGUGAUCAGAGCUGUCCUUCUACCCCUGACGGCUCGCCACGCACCCCAGAGCCAGAGGAGCCUUCCCUGCUGAAGAAGCUCCUCCUGGCCCCUGCUAACUCCCAGCUCAGCUAUAAUCAAUACCCAGGUGGCAAGGCACAGAACCAUGCAGCCAGCAACCAACGGAUCAGACCAGCACCUGCUGUUGCCAAGACAGAAAACCCCUGGAACAGCAAACCACGAGGGGCCUGUCCCAACCGGUCCAUGAGACGUCCUUGCACUGAGCUGCUCAAGUACCUCACCUCUAGCGACGAGGCCUUCCAGACCAAAGCCGGUGAAGCCAAGAGCACCUGGACAGGUUGCGGCAAGGACAGGGGAGGUGCUUGCAUCUCCUCCUGCUCAUCUUCUUCCUCUCCAUCGUCCUCGUCCACCUCCUCUUUCUCCUCCCUGUCGUCCUGCUCGUCUUCCACCGCCUCCAAAAAGAAGACAUCCUCUGCCUCCCCAUCAUCACAGCAACAGCAGCAGCUGGCAGUGCAGGCCCAGCGAGGUGAGAGCCAGGCAGCCAGCACGUGUAGUGUGGCUGGUGAGGGGGCGGGGAAGUGGCGGCGGUGUACACAAGGGGAGCAGUCCGCCCCCAUUGCACUGUCCCACGGAGGCGGCUGUGGCCAUGCUUGCUCCGGCGAAGAGAGGAGGCCACCAGGCCUUCACCCAGGUGCUGACCCAAGCAGCUUGGCCGCUGCCCGCUUUAUUAGGUACAUGCACUCUUACUCUCUCCCGCCUAGAGAGACGGGUCAUGCAGGCAGCUGUGGUCAUUGCCUUGAGGCGGGCGGCGUAGCUGAGGCUGGCCAUGCUAAUAGGCACAUCACGGUGACCAUUAGGAAAAGGAGGCAAGAGCUAGAGCACCCCAUGCUCAGUCAGCUGCUCACCUCCAGGCCGAGGCCGGCCCGUUACCGGGCUCACCUGCACUUGCCCAGUGUCCCCCAGAAUAAAAGGCGAGAUCCUCUUGACAUGGCUCCUAGAGUCCAAAAGAGUCAUGGACACUUAAAGCAAACUAGUUUUGAGCAACCUAGAAUAACACCAAGCUUAAAUGAGCAAACAUUUAGUAUGGGCGACCAUAGUAAUCUUGAGUGUUCAUCAGAGCUUAAAUUAGAUCUAGAGAGCUGGUUGAGCAUGCCAGAACAGGUGUCAGAAAACAGCUUGCAUUAUCUGGUGAGCCAAGCUGGGGAGGAUGUUUUUGAUGAUGUCAUAGGCAGCCCCAUGUCGUUCUCACAGGGCCUGCUAAGCCCAUUGUUCCCAGACUCUUUAGUUCCAGAGCGCACGCCCUCCGACUCACAAAAACAGGCACUCUGCAAGCACCUUGAUGACCAAGUCCCACCAAUGUUAGCCAAACCAACCAUCUUGCCACUUCCUUUGACCCCAGAGUCUCCAAAUGACCACAAGGGAUCUCCGUUUGAGAACAAAACCAUUGAACACACACUGAGUGUGGAGAUCUGUGGAACCCCAGGUCUGACACCACCUACCACGCCUCCUCACAAAGCCAGUCAAGAGAACCCUUUCAAAGUAUCACUCAAAAACAAGCUGUCUUCAUGCUCUCCCUCGGCCCUGACAAGCAAAAGGCCCAGGCUGAGUAAUGGGGGCUCUUGCCCUCAGCCAACCAGCGGCUCUAUUCGGAAGGGCCCAGAGCAGACUGAGCUCUAUGCCCAGCUGAGCAAGGCGUCCUCCACUAUGCCCCAAGGGGGCCUGGAGGAUCGUCGGGGCAAGCGGCCCAUUCCCCGUGUCUUUGGUGAUCACGACUAUUGCCAGUCUACAAGCACAAAACGAGACAGCACCACCCCAGCUGCUGUGGUACCUGGGCCAACAGAGGGCGAGGGCCGGCAUGUGGAAUGUAAAGACUUGAACAUGCCAACCUCCUCUACUACUACAUCAUCGUUGUCUUCCACCCCCCCUUUGUCUUCCUCACUGGCCAGGCAGCUUCAAGGCCUUUCCCCAACACCUCAGGAGGCUUGUCCGGACACAUAUGCUCAUGGGCAGCAGCACCACGACUCAAGCUCUAAAAUGACAAUGGACUGCAGUUCUGGUGGCAGGAAACUUCUUAGGGACCAGGAGAUCCGGGAUGAGCUCAAUAAGCACUUUGGAAAGCCUCAGCAAGCCUUCUUUAGCGGGGUAGUGGGAGAGCCGAGGGUCAAACAGCCAAUUGAGGACAGUGACUCUGGGGAUGAGUACCCGGGUCUACUCGGUGACUACAUACACCCAGGUCUGCCUGAUUUCGAGGACCUGGAGGUAGGCCGGGAGCGCCUGUUCUACUUGGGGGAAGGUUCUCCACUUGAGCUGCUCCUCGAAGGGUCACCCUCCAGCUCCCCUUCCAGCAGUUCAUUUUCAUGGUGCUCUGUCUCGCCUCCUUCCUCUCAGCUCUCCCCACAGCACCUCCGCUGGCCACGCUCCAUCUCCCGCUCCCGUUCCCGUUCUUCAUCUCACCACAGACGCAGAUCCCUCUCCACGUCUCCGUACUCCCGCUCCGAGUCUCCCAGCAGCCGUUCUCCCUCUUGGUCUCCUCGCAACAUGGACAAAAGCACUUUCACUCCCAGGAUUCAUGGAAACCCUCAGUCCCAGUCUCAUUCUCUUUUUGGUCGGAGACCCAGGUAUGACAGCUAUGAGGAAUACCAGCACGAGCGUCUGAAGCGAGAGGAGUAUCGACGUGACUAUGAGAAACGGGAAUGUGAGAGGGCCGAGCAGAGGGAGAGACAACGGCAAAAAGCAAUAGAGGAGAGGCGAGUGGUGUAUGUGGGACGUCUUCGCGCCGACAGCACACGCACCGAGCUCAAACGCCGCUUUGAAGUCUUCGGCGAGAUUGAGGAGAGCACAGUCAACCUGAGACAUGACGGGGAUAACUUUGGCUUCAUCACCUACCGCUACACUUGUGAUGCUCUCGCUGCCCUUGAGAAUGGGCACACUUUGCGCAGGUCGAACGAACCUCACUUUGAGCUCUGCCUUGGUGGACAAAAGCAGUACAGCAAAUCCAAUUACACAGACUUGGAUUCCCAUUCUGACGACUUUGAUCCAGCCUCCACUAAAAGCAAGUACGACUCCAUGGAUUUCGACAGCUUGUUGCGAGAAGCCCAGUACAGCCUGAGAAGGUAAUGAACACCACUGUACCGGCUGGAUGCAGACAGAGGGAUCUGCAAUACCUCACUGUUCUUUCAGUUCUUUCAAUACAAGACUGCAGACGCUUUACUCUUGACACACAGAGAGAAAGAGAGAGUAUAUGUGGACAGAAAAGCUCUACGCAUAAGGGAUAUAUAUAUAUAUAUAUAUAUAUAUGUAUAUCUGCAAGCAAAGUUUACAUGAACAUAAGCUGCUGAACUGGAGGAGAGACUCAACCUUAAAGUAGCCGACUCUACUUUUUAGUGGACUACACAGAUAGCGUGGCUCCGAAAGAGAUCUUCAUCCACACACCGCGAACAAACAAAAAACAAACAAAAAAAAAAGUGCAGCUCGUUCAGUCUGUUUUGAUCAUUUGGAGUUUAUUUUUGUGGGCUUUUUCUGUUCCUCUUUUUUUUAAUAUCUGGUGUUUGGAUGUGGUGUUACAUUUAUUGGCGGAGGGGUUUGGGGGAAAUCACUUUGGAUGUUCAAGGUAACGUCUACAUUUUUGCUAAAGUGGAGAUGUAGUCGGCUAUUUACAAAAAAAAAGGAAUAUUUUUUAUUUUGAUGUGCAUAUCAGAGUUCUUCGUUUGUUACAGCUAUGCACUGUAAAACGCAGCCUUUUUAUGAGGGAGAUUUUCUUAAUCCAGAAUGUCGAUCUGUAGUCAUUACGCAACAUAGGCUCGUUCUGAAAACGUAGCCCUAUAUAUGUUUCUGGAGAUCGUGAAUCAUGUAGCCAGAAGUAAGCAUGGCUGCAUUUCAUCUUUAAAGCGAAUGCUACAGAGUGGUAUGACGUCGUUACUUUUCAGUUACCAGCUGACCGCUUACCUCCAUACACUCUCAGAAAUCAAGGUACGCGAGCUGUCGCUGGGGUGGUACCUUUUCAAAAGGUACACAUUUGUAUCUGAAGGGUCCAUAUUGGUACCUCAAAAGUACAUAUUAGUACCUAAAAAUUUUAAGAGGAACACUUUUGUACUUUUUAGGUACUUAAAUGUAUCCUUGAGGUAUUAAUAUGGAUCUUUUAGGUACAAAAUUGUACCUUUCGAAAAGGUACCACCCCAGUGACAGAUUGCGUACCUUUAUUUCUGAGAGUGUAUGGACAGCUGUUACCAGUUUGUCCAGUGGCUCGCCACAUAUGUCGGCAGACUUAAGACGCAGAGAGGAGUUGACCAUGGGUCCAGCGAAGAACGGUUCCAAAAAGCGGGUAAAACAAAAGCAGAAGCCAAAUAAUUAAAUAAACAAGUGAAUAACAGGGUGAGAAUGUGGUAAAAUCUGAAAACGUGGUUAAAAUCAGGCCAGGGCUUUUCUUUUUCUGGAUUGCUUUUUAAAACUGUCGGUUGGGUUUA